CUGCACAUAGAUUGCUUUUUAACUGAUGGUCCUCUCUCCAUGGAGGCCUGUGGUGGUUUUCUGCCCUGUUCUACUCAAGCAUCUCCUCCCCCUCAAUCAUCCAGUUGCUGCCAAGUUCUCUGCUCUAGCAGUGGCCAGCUCUGUGGGUGCACACUUCUGGAGUUGCAGAUCAGACAGAGCUGGACAUGUAGAGUCUGCUUUUCUAUACCAGCUUGAGACCUAGCCCAGCUGCUUCCUAGACAGGACAGGUGGUGACCUGAGAAUUUUGGGCCGGUGACCUGAGGACUGCCCCACCAUGCAGUGGCUGAUGAGGUUCUGGGUCCUCAGCAGAAUCCACAAAUUCUACCAUGGCUUCCACCCUGCCGCUUGGCACCUGCGCUGCCAGUCUUUAUCAGGAGGUGGAGCCCCAAGAUGGAAUGACUACACUGUACCCAAGGAAUUUAACUUUGCAAGCAAUGUACUAGGUUACUGGACUCAGAUGGAGAAGGAGGGCAAGAGAGGUCCCAGCCCAGCCCUCUGGUGGGUGAAUGACGAAGGGGAUGAAGUGAAGUGGAGUUUCAGAGAGGUGACUGACUUAUCCUGCCGAGCGGCCAACGUCUUCACGCAGACCUGUGGCCUGCAGCCGGGAGACCGUCUGGCUUUGAUUCUGCCCCGAGUGCCUGAGUGGUGGCUGGUGACCAUGGGCUGCAUGCGAACAGGGAUCACCUUUAUGCCAGGAACCACCCAGCUGACUGCCAGGGACAUUCUCUACCGUCUACAGAUGUCCAAAGCCAAGGGCAUUGUGACUACGGAUACCCUUGCCCCUGAGGUGGACUCGGUGGCUUCCGAGUGUCCUGCUCUGAAAACGAAGCUCCUGGUGUCUGACCACAGCCGUGAAGGUUGGCUGGACUUCCGAUCACUGGUUAAAUCAGCAUCCCCAGAUCACAUCUGUAUUAAGUCAAAAGUCCUAGACCCAAUGGCCAUCUUCUUCACCAGUGGGACCACAGGCCUCCCCAAGAUGGCAAAACACAACCAUGGACUCGCCUUCCACUCCUCCUUCCCAUCAUGCAGGAAAUUGCUGCAGCUGAAGACGUCUGAUACCAUGUGGUGCAUGGCAGACCCGGGCUGGAUUCUGGCUAUCUUGGGGUGCCUGUUUGAACCAUGGACAGCAGGGGCUACAGUCUUCAUCCAUCGUCUGCCCCAGUUUGACCCCAAGGUCAUUGUAGAGACAUUGGUCAAAUACCCCAUCACCCAAAUCCUUGCUGCGCCAGCUGUAUUUCGAUCGAUUCUGAAGCAGAAUUUCACCAGGUUCCCUGCCCUGGAGCACUGCUGUACCGGUGGGGAGGCCCUGCUGCCUGAGGAACAAGAGCAAUGGAAAAGACAGACAGGCCUUCUGCUCCACGAGGCCUAUGGACAGACAGAAACAGGAAAAACCUGUGGCAAUUUCCGAGGAAUGAAGCUCAAGCCGGUUUCCCUGGGGAAAAGCAUCCCACCCUAUGAUGUCCAGAUCAUCGACGAGAAGGGCAACAUCCUGCCACCCAACACGGAAGGCAACAUUGGCAUCAGGAUCAAGCCCGUGAGGCCCAUAGGCCUCUUCAUGUGCUACGAGGAUAACCCAGAGAAGACAGCUGAAGUGGAGUGUGGGGACUUUUACAAUACUGGGGACAGAGCAACGAUGGAUGAAGAGGGCUACAUCUGGUUCAUGGGGAGGAAUGACAAUGUCAUCAAUGCCUCUGGGUACCACAUUGGGCUGGCAGAGGUGGAGAAUGCCUUGGCUGAACAUCCAGCAGUGGCUGAGUCAGCUGUGGUGAGCAGCCUGGACCCGAUUCAAGGAGAGGUGGUGAAGGCAUUUAUUGUCCUGACCCCCAACUUCCUGUCCCAUGACAAGGACCAGCUGACCAAGGAGCUGCAGCAACACGUGAAGUCAAUGACAGCCCCAUACAAAUACCCAAGGAAGGUGGACUUUGUCCCAGAGCUGCCCAAAACCAUCACUGGCAAGAUUAGAAGUGAACUUCGGAGAAAGGAGUUUGCUCAGAAGUAAUCUGCAAUAAGCUCAGAAACCAUGGUGAUCUUGGACAAAAAAAAAAUCCCUGGGUUCCUGUUUCCCUCUACGAUGAGGAUGGGAAAGUUGAGGGCUGGUUUGUAACACCAUCAGGAGUGCCAACAUUCCAGCAUUUUUGUUCUUUUAAAUCAAUGCCAGCCGUUCUCCUUCCUCCAAGUCUCCUGUUCCUUUCAGAUUUAUCCAGGGGGCCCAGAGUCCUCCCCACAGUCUAUAACCUCCUACCACGCAGAGCCCUCCCAACCCCUGGACUUCCAUCCUAUGAACUGACCCUUCACUUCAUCCAUCCUUGGGGCCUGAGAUAGGACCCCCAGGUUAAUACCAGAGGCUGGGAGCAUCAUGGGCAGAAGGGGUGGGCCUGAGGGUGAGAGAAGCACUAUUGUCCCCAUCCCGCUGACCCUGAGGGUCACACUUGGAGAGGUUGCAUCUGCAACUGCCCAUUUCUGGACUGCACACACACUCACAGGGAAUAUAGAGUCCCCACAAACAGGGUACAGACCUCCCCUCAGCCUCACCUGGGCACUUAGGUGUAGGGCUCAUGGACAGGUUCACACACAGACUCAAACUGCAGACACAGAAUAUGACACAUUAAAGGGAACACACACACACACACACACACACACACACAGAUAGUCGUGACACUCCAGUGGAGGCCACCAGAAGCUGAUGGAGUACACAGACCCUGACAUGCCCUGUUCUACCUAAGCUGUCAUGGAGGUGGGUGUUUCCUGGUUCCAAGCCCAGUGCUGGGUGCCUUCCCCAUGCCAGGAUCUUCCGGAGGGCCAUGCCUAGGUCUUGAGAUGUCAGAUAUGGGCAGGGAAGGGUGCAUCUUGGGAUGGCGCAUGGGGUAGGGCCAGGUGCACUUGGAGUGAGGGUGUUGCAUGGGGCUUGGCAGAUCCCAAGGUCAAGAGAGGGAGAAAGGGGAGCCUACUCAGGACCUCUAGCAUGUCAGAGUGGGCAGUACCCCCUCCCUGAGUAACAAGCAAUACCAGCAGUAACCUCAUCAGGACUGUAUUAUCAUCACCACAGCAAUGACUGAAUAUCAGCCAGAGGUGGAGGAGCUGGGGUGUGACCAUGGCCACCUGGGUUAGCCUCAUCAUCUAAGCGGGGUUGGCCCCAUGCAAAACUGGGCCAUGGGCAAAGCUUCUCUCUGACCCCUCUUCCUUUGAAGUCUCCAGACCCCAACUCCCCACCUCUUCCAGCAACCCCUCCCAGAACCAAGUCCCCUCUGACCCUUUCUCAGCCUGGGUACAGCCUCCUCCUGACCACUCUGAUUUCCCACCUGUGCAUGGGGGCUAAAGAUAUACUGACCUCAGAUGGUGCUGUCCUGUGAGAUCAUGCCUGCAAAGGGCACUGCUUCAGCACAGGUUGGUACCAGGAGGGCCUUUGGAUGCCAUCACUGUUGCCUUUAACAGCUGUACCACUUCUAAGGUGCCACUCCUGGGAAGACAGUUGCCCCUGGGAGGGGGUGAUACUAAUGUGCUCAGGGGCUCAGGACUUGGCUUCCACACGUCCCCAUGAUAAUUAUGGACACAGGCAUGGACAGUCCCACUGUAUGGGAGGGAACCAGCCCACCACAAUACAGCUGGGUCUCAAAGCCAAGGCUGCUGGCCCUUAUCCUGGGGUCAGGAAGGGAUCCCCUGCCAGGGAGUCUGACACUGGCCCUGGGGAUGCUUUCUUGGCUGCAUGAGUGAUCUCACCUGUCCCAGGCAUCUAGACACUCUUCCCUUCUUCCGUCAGCCCUGCUUCACCUACAAUGAGUGAACCCACCCACCCCUCACGGAAGUCCCUAGUCCCCUGUUGGCCAGGCCUCACUCCCAUUCAGUUGGGCUAGUCUGACUCCACGCCUUCUGUAACUGGCCUCUUCUUUUAUAACCAGGACAGUCCAACUCAGAGGCUCUUUAGGCAGCGACGAGCACCUGAAUAGAAUUGAAUGCUGUUCUUACCCUGUUUGAUUUGUUUUUCCUUGCAUUUUAUGGUUUCUUUGCAGUUUCUUUAAAGGCAUUGAUUUUCCAUUGAAACAGUGAUAGAAUGUUUCCUGCUGUCUUUACGUUAAAUAGUAAUGGAAAGGUGGCAGGGAUUGAAGGCAAUGUUUUGAAGCUGCCAAUAGCCUAAAUGAGUAGGAGAAACACUGUGUCACUCACACACAACAGCAACCUUCGGAAGCUCAGCUUAGGACAGGGCCCAGCAGAGAGAUCACAGAGACAGAAACUUGUCCUAAUCACCUGGGUCUCUGGACCCUGCCCACCCAGUUGGCUCUCCUCACCCAUCACUCCUGGUGCUGACCAUCUGCCCUGCUGAUGUCCCCAGGUCUCCUGGGAGAAGCCCUGAUGAACUUUCUCUGUUAAAAUGUUCACAUUCCUUGGAGAUUCCCAGAGAUGAAUCAUGAGGAUCAGCUUGGAUUCCCUCUUUAGGUUCAAAAUGUAAAGACUGGCCUAGUGACCUAUCCAGGUCUGUAUCAGGUGUUAAAUUGUCUAAAUUAAUUAGGGAUAAUGUUGAGACCAUAAAUCUCAUCACGCCAAGUGGAUUCCAUAGGGCAGAUGGAGAUGUAUUUUAUUGCCUAUUUUCAUGAUGAUGUCAUUCACUUCACUAUAGACCUUGAUUAUUUUAUUCAUAAGGGUAUGCCUGAAUUUCCAAAAUUAUGUGUUGGAAAUUUAGCAUUUUUAUCAUUGAUUUCCAGCACAAUUAAAUUAAGACCAGAGAACAUGGUCUGUGUGGUUUCAUUUGUAUGAAAUACAUUGACGUUUGCUUUAUGGCCAAAUACAGUUAAUUUUUGUAAAUGUCUUGUGUGUGCUUGAAAAUAAUGUGUCUUCUAAGGCUGGUGUAAUAAUUUCUCUGUGUAUAUAUGUAUUUCUGUAAGGUAAGAUGCUUCACUGUUCAGAUCUCCUGUAUCCCUACAGAUGUUUUGUUUGCAGACAUUGCUGAGGAGAGCUGAUAAAGAUCUCCCACUCUGCUUGUGUUCGGAUCUUU